UCCCCAGAUUUUCCUGCUGUCAUCUGUGAAUUUCAGCUGCGCGAUCGAUAUUACAAAUUUAGAGUGAGAAGAGGUCAAAUUUUAUAGAGCCAUUCAUGGACGGUUUGCUUCCGUUGUGCAUUUAGGAGUUUUAUUCUAAAGUGAGAAAAAUGGAUUCAACUGGCGCGUAUGGAGGCGGUAAGGCCGGCGGGGCAUUCGACCCUCAGGCCUUCAUACAAAGGCCUCCAGUAAUUGUAAGGGCGGUUUGCUGGUUAUUCAGCGUGAUCGUGAUGGGCUGUAUAUCGGCCAAGGGCUGGCAUACCACGGAAGAUGGUAAAGAGCAUUGCGUGUACAACGAUGACACCAACGCUUGCAACUACGGCGUCGGCAUCUCGGUGAUAGCCUUCAUCGCAGCCAUCAUUUUCAUCGUCGGAGAAUAUCUGUUCGAGCAGAUGUCCUCUGUGAAAACUAGGAAGCACUACGUAUUGGCUGACAUGGGAUUCUCUGCGUUCUGGGCGUUCCUGUACUUCGUCGGUUUCUGCUACCUGUCGAACGCGUGGGGCAAGACGGACAAGCCGCCGGUCGGCACUGCGAACAACAUGCAGGGCGCCAUCGCUUUCUGCUUCUUCUCUAUAUUCGCUUGGGUGGCGUGCGCGUUCUUCGCGUUCCAGCGGUUCCGUAUGGGCGCGGAGGCGGCGUUCGCGCCUGCGUACGAGGUGGAGGGCGCGGCCGCCGCGUCGCCCGGCGCCUUCGUGGCGUACCCCGGCGCGCCCGACCCCAUGCCCGUCUACAGCGACCCGCCCUUCUCGCAGACCACCACCGGAAACAUCGACUACACAGCUCCGACCUACUAAGUUAUAUGCAAUACGUUUUUCAAUUAAAUAUUUUUGUUGCAUAACGCCAUUAGCCCCGUAAGUGAACAACUCGAAAUGUCUAUGAUAAUCUCUAUGGUACGUGUAGACGGAAACCGCAAUAUUACCGCUUUGUCGUAUACUUUGAAGACAUAUAUUUUUUAGUAGUAUACGUAUGUUAGUUGUCCAAAUAUAAUUUAUUUUUUGACUGCAACACGUGAUUUUGUUGUACAUUUAUUUAAAAAAAAAAAAAUAAUCUACAUAGGUACUUAGUUCAAGCUUCGAUGUUAAUAAUUAGUAUGGAUAAUGUACAUCGUGUAUGACUAAGUGUGAAACAUUGUAUGUAACUGUCUUGUACGUGGUACAUACAGUAUCGCUUCACAGUACCUGCUUGUAGGUAAUAUAAUCGAACAAUAUUCCCAAUAUUGUAAUGUAAUUAAUGUGUGUAUAUAAAAAAAAUAAUAAAAAAAAAUAAUUAUAUAACCAAAGUGAAUCAUGUAAACGUGCUAUAUUUUUCGCGCUGAAAUAUUGUGCCAUCUAUCGGGCUUUAUAUGAACUAAAAUAUAAUAUGUUGUCGCCAUAUUUCCAACCCAAAUUCUCGUACGUCAUCGUAGAUUGUGUGUAAGAUAAUAAAUUAUAAUCGAAAGCAAUUUAUAAAUCGGUGUGAUCGUUCAAAUCCGAAAUAUCGAUUCUAGAAUCUCGAUUAUUAUUUUGUGGAGUGUUGGUACUUAAUGGCAAUGUUCGGCAAAAAUGUAACGGAUAUUAUACUAUACGAAAUAAUAUGUUGAAAAAAAGACGAAAAUCAUGAUAUUUGUAUAUAAAUAUGAGUCUCAGGUCGAUUAAAAAAAACGAUAAUCUCAUAAUCGAUAUUUAUACUUUAGAUGUAAGAAUCUCAAAUUAUCGUUUUAACGAUCACAUCGCAUCGUGUAUUCAAGCUUGACAAAAGUAAAUUAUCUCUUAUAAUAUUAGGGUUAUAUUAGGCAUGUAAUUUUUAAAACAGCAUAUCGAUAUUUUGUGUUUAAGAUAUAAGUUUGUGACAUCACUAUAAUGUAUGCGUAUAUUGAAUUAGUUGUUUAUCACAUAUAUGCUUUAGCGUAAUAUGCUGUUUAUAUAUGGGGCUCUAUUUUUCUAAUGUCACUAGGCUGUGAGUUAUAUAAUGGUCGGCAUAGUCAGAAUGUAGCCGCCAAUUUGAAAUAAUUUCCACUUAAACUUGGACCAUUGGCCGUUGCAAUAGAGGCGAGAUUACUCUAAAAGAUUAAAGAUCUAUUUAAAAAAAAUUGUCCACAAGUAAAAAAGAGCCCCCGUCAAGUGAUACUUAACAAAAUGAUCUGUAAAGUUCAGUAUUAUAUUAGUAAAUGUAUUACUUAAUCGCUUCAUCCGCGAGAUAUAGUAUUUUUUUAAAAACCUAUAUUUAAAUACUAGUUGAGACGUAUUUAUUAAUUGUAUUAAUAAAUUGUAAUGGUUUGAGAUACAUUUUUAUUGCUAAUACCAUUUUUAAUUUCAUAAUGCGAUGACAAAUGUAAUUAAAUAAUCAAAUAUUUUUAGAAAGAAUUAUGCUUCAAUGUUUGAUUCAGGGUAUAAUUUUUCGGCUUAUAUAAUAAAAUGCUAUAAUAUAUAAUAAUAGACAAACGAGAUCUUUAUUUUGUUAUAUUAAAAUCUGACCAAAUGUAGUGAUAAAAAUGUGUCUCUGUAGGAAUUCGCUUAGGCCGUCAGCUUGCUAGUAAAUUCAUAAGUUAUGAAUCCAUGGCGUAUAUGUGGAAAAAAUUUGAAGCUGAUACAUUAUUCGGAUAUGAUUUUUUUUUAAGAUCUGUUCAAAAUAGUAGAAAUUACGUUUUGUGAUGUGGCUACGAUUAACAGCACAACACAUAGGCUUAUAAUUUAUUAGCAAGCACUUAGUUCGUUAUCACUUCCAUAGCUUGCACUGUAAUUUGUAAAGAAUUCUUAGCAAUAAAUGUACACGAUAUUAAAAUGUAUUUGGAUGUACUAUUUUCUCAUUAAGUAUAAUUUUCACAUUUAUUGUUGGCAACACUGCGCUGGUCGUUUCAAAGCUUCCAUUACGAGAAUGGAGUACAUCUGAAUAAACUGUAAAAUCAUAUCAGUUGUGUAAGGGCGGGAAUUUCGAAAAUGUUCUAGAAAAAUAUAAAGGCGUAAUUGAAGUUACCACGAUUUCUACCGCCAUCACGUAAUGCACACUAUUUGGUAUGUUUAGUUUGUUAAUAAUAAACCUACCACUUGUUAAAUAAAGGACAGCAAAAUGUUUGGUAGAUUUUGUAGUUCAAAAUGGUAGAAAUUUAAUAGCUAAGAGUAAUUCAUCCCAAAGUUUGGAUUUCUCAGUUUAGAAUUAUACUUUUGGUGUUCGUAGGUGUUAUGCGAAAGAGAACUAAUAAGUCGAUACUGUUCCCUCGAUGUGCGAUAUACGCCUAAAGCUGCUGUCAGGUUUCUCAAUAUUUCAAACUGCACUAGAACAUCUGUCGGGUUAAUCAACUAUACAAUAUUUCUGGGGGGCAGAUAUAAGACUUAAGACCCAAAUAUUGUAUAUUAUAUUAUCGAUUAACGUGGAGACCUAAGUAAACGUCGCUGAAAACAACUACAUCCGGCGCGCCUGGGUAGUUAAGAGCUACCUUGCAUUUACAGUCGAUAAAAUCUUCAUUUCUGACUAUCCCUCUACUUCUAGGCCGUAUGGUGAACUUAAAUUAUAAGCCUUAGUUGUGUAUAAACACCGACAUCACCCGACAAACUAGAGAUUUCAAUAAACUAUCCCAAUCCUAAUCUUCGAUUCCAUGAUGAACCAAUCAAAAUACAUCAUUUGAAGGUUAUUAAAAAAACUGAAUUCUGAUUGGUCCUUUUCGCCAUCGAUUAGGGUCGCUUAUUGAAAUCGGUAGGUGCACUUGACAGCAUGCAGUAUGAACCAGUCUUGGACACCAUGCCCUUAGCAUACAUGUAUGAUGAAACAUUGUACUGUUCAUAACUUGCUAACGAUUGUAAACAAAUUUGUCUGUACACUAAUUUUACUGUAACGUAGUACAUUAAUAUCUAGAUGUAGAUAACGUAACGCUAUGUUGUUAGGUUGAGUCUGUUCUGAUGAUAAUAAUACUUGUUUACGUUUUCUGCGCAGGCGUUUGGAAUACAAUAAUGAAUUAUUCCAUAAAAUAUGUAAUUUUUAAGGCACUCCUAGAAAUGUAAUAAAAUCAUAUUUGUUGUGUUAACUUCGCGCGUCGUGUAAAAACGUCUUAAUAGACUUUAAUUCAAGCUGAAUUAUUGUCUUAGUGUAAUUCUAAUAAACUUAAAUAAUGUAGGCGCAACAUAUUACGAGUGAUAAGAUAAUAAUUUAAAAAACAUUUUAAUAUUUUCUCGUAAAUGCACCCGAAAAUAAAAUCAUAAUAAGAUACCUAAGCACACAAUUAUAAAAUUUACCAACCGCCUGCGUUCGAAACUAAAACUGUUCUAAAUAAUAUAUUGUAAUAAGUGUUGAAUAUUAAAGCUAAAGUCGUUCAGUGUUUGGUGAAAUACUUAAUGUUAAGGAUGUAUAUGCGGUUGAAUAUUAUUUUCCACGUGAUUGCGUAUUCCAAACGUGUUUUAUAACCAUAGUAAUUAGAGAAUAGGAUUCAAAAUGGUGGCUCGGUUGGUGUUGUCAACUGAAAAAAAAUGGCGGGAAUUUUUUUUUUUUUUACCUAUAUGCAGUCAUCAAGAACUCUAUGAAGCAUAUUCCGAAAAGAGUGUGAUAUUUUAAUUUAAAAAUUCAUAAAACAGAUGCUUGGCGCCAUUUUGAUUCCUUUUCUUAAUUACUCUAGUUAUAAUGACACUAUGUUAGUUACCAAAGUAAGCUGUGAGGGUACAGGAAUUAAUUAGCAGAAUCCUCAGUCUACACAGAAGAAUAAUAUGGAAAAUAAAACUAAGAUAUUUAUAUUCCCACAUUUCAACAACAAAGCCCUUAAAGUAACAGUUUUACUAUUGUACUUCAUGCGGUCAAUAAGAUUACUGGAAGGCCAUAUCCCUUCCCCAAUCUUCCUUUUCCCUAAUGGUUGACAAUCCACCGGGUCGUUAUUACAGGUGUUUGUGAAAGGUAGUUAUAAAUUACUAUACUUCUCGUUUGCUCUGCUAUAAAAAUCUUAUGAAAGGACACAAGAUAAUUCUCUAAUUAAUUUCUGUAUCCAACGAAUGAAUAAAAGACGAUUGUUUAUGGUAUUAUUUUAUGUUGAUUUUGCGAUAUUGUUGUUGAGCCCUACAUUACAAAUAUAGUUAUGGCAUGUCACAGGAACUUAAACUAUACCUGAGUAACAUUAAAAAAUAUCUUGGUAAUAUAAUGAAGCCAGCAUCAAGUAUACACAAUAAAACCCCUCCUGAACUGAAUCUUCUAACUAAUCAAAAUACCACACAAUGUGACCAAAAUGGCUUUUUGUUCGCCUACUUCAUAUUACGUUAUGGAUGGAAAUAACAUAGCCCUAAUGAUUAUUUCCUUGCACUUCACUGCGUAUCCGUUGCACCUCAUCAGCUCAGUGCAGUAGCGUGCAGUGAUUUAUAGUGCAAAAUGCAAUCCCCUUAGAAAAAAAGAAAAACAUGAUGCGAAAGCCCUUGUCGCUUUAUUGUGAUUGGUCGAUAGACGAACACGUGACUCACGCGCUGGUCUUUCAGCCAAUCACAAUUAAACGACACGGACCUUCGUAUCGUGUUUGCUACGUCACAUGCUAGGGUCGUAGGGUAGUUUUGCUCGUAAUCCACAGUGGCGGCGUGACCAUCAGGCAUGCAACUUGCUCUUCAAUAGGUUGGCAGUAUAAAGAUAUAUUCAUGUCGCACAUUAUUCCUAAUAUAUGACUUUCAAAUCAAAUUCGAAACAUAAAACUCAACUAUAUCUACACUUUAAUAAAAAAUUUCACAUUAUCAUUUGUGCAAUAUUUAGUCGACACAAAUUGUGACCUAAUUUCUCUAGAUAACAUUAGUCACGCAUGCGCGGAACGCGAUAGCUUAUCGGAUUUAUCGCUUAGUUUUUUGUGAUCCAGACACUUUGGAUAACAAAGUAUGCCGACGUUAUUUGUGGAUGUUUGCAAAUCUUGAUGCAUGCCUUAUUUUCUUAGAAAUUUUAUUUAUUUUAGGGUAACAGUAAUAAAUGAAUUUACUGAUUGGUUAUGACAAAUACUUGUAUUGAAUACACAUUCAAUGGUGUAUUGAAUACUCAUGCACCUUUGGGAAAUAUCCUUAUAUUAGAAUGUCUUAUGAAAAAAAAAAAACAUUUCAAAGCGUUGCUAAAAUAUUGGUGCGGAUGUACCUAUCCUUCAACGCACAAAUAUCAAAGCAUGUCAUAACUAUAUUUGUAUAUAAUUCUCAUUCGAUGUGUUAUAAGUGUUUGAUAAAUGUGCAAAUGACAUUAUGGUAAAUAAAAAAUAAUUGGAACAAUAAAUGUG